AAUGAAGUCAAGUAACAAUCUCAAUAAAUAGAGGCAAAAUUUUCAAAAUUGCCUUAACUCUUUACCUGUGGAUUAAUAGUGUCAUUUUAUUAAAUUAUAAUGUUUUCUUCUUUUAACCAGACUGAUCAUAGAUACAGAGAUGCUGGUAGUCCUGGCAAUAUUGAACCUAUGACAAUUGGUUCUCCUGUGUCUAGUCCUAAAAAUAAAUCAUCUGCUAAUCAGAAUUAUUUACCUCCUUAUCUUUUUGGAGAAACAGCUUCAUCACCUAUCUCGUCUCCUACAUGGCAUACACCUAGUAAACAAUCAAACAUAUCAACCUUCCAGUCUUCUCCUGUUAUAAAUCAAGUUUCCCAGUUUAGAGAACAACAUAUUCCUUAUCAAUCUGCAUCUUCUAGUUCAAUUAUAAGCACUCCUAAUCCUGUUAAGAGUGGAGGGCCUCCUGUACAAGGUCUUCUAUACAGUACACCAAACCAGAAUGUUUCUUUUGAUGCUUCUCAGCUGAACAAUACACCAAGUGUUGCAGAUAGAAUAGCAUGUGAUAAUCAUAAUUUUAGUGGCAUAUUGACCCCUAAUAAGUCAUUAUGUGUUACAAAUACAUCAUAUCUAUCUCCAGCUCAGAUAGAUCCAUUUUAUACUCAAGGUGAAGCAUUGCAAAAUAGUGAUCAACUUGAUGAAUCAUGGAUUACUGUAUUUGGCUUUCCACAUGCUUCAUCUGACUAUAUCUUGCAGCAGUUUUCUCAGUAUGGAAACAUUAUUGAACAUAAGCUUUCUCCAACUGGAAAUUGGAUGCAUUUGCGAUACCAGUCUAAACUGCAAGCCAAGAAAGCUUUAAGCAAAAAUGGAAAAGUUUUCAGUGGUAAUAUAAUGAUUGGUGUCAAGCCUUGCAUAGAAAUGGACAUCAUGGAAUCGUGUAAAGAAAAUACAGUUCAAGACACAAGCCUUUUAUCUUCAUCACAGUCAGUUCCGACAGAUCCUUUAGAACCUACGAAGCCAAAUUUAAAAAACAUAAGACCAUUAACUCAGGCAUACCAAAGUCCAAAUGCUCAGUCUCAAAUAGUUGCAACAAAACCCUCUAGCUUAGUCUCCAAGGCAUUUGACUAUAUAUGGAAAUUACAUUGAAUGUGUAGAUGAAAGUGUAUAAUUUAUGGAUUUUGUUUGCAAUUUACUUUGUUAUAUCUGAAAAUAACUACAAUCAUUUGAUGAUUUAAAAUCAUUGCCAAGUUUUUAAUGUAAAUAAUAAUGUAAUAAUUUUGCAUCUUUUAAUUCUUAUGGGAAAAUCUCAACUGUAUUUGUUAAAUAUUGACGCAUGUAAAAAUAAAACAUAAGAA